AUGCACACAUCCACCCGCCAAUCCCGCCUCCUACCUCUCCUCCUCCUUCUCGCACCCGCCCUCUCCAUGGCUCACCCCUUCCAAAACCUCCCUCCCCCCCCCCCCUCCCCUCCUCCUCCUCCUCCUCCUCGCCAUCUCCUCCUCCUCCUCAAACCCCGUCUCGUCUCCCGCGCCCCCUCGACCGACGCCUCGAGCGCCACGCCCUCCGCGAAAGCCAUCAUCCUAACAACCCUCUUCGUCGCCGUCGCCGUCGCCGUCCUCUUCAGCACGCUAUUCUGGUACAUCCUCCUCAAGCGCCGCCGCUCCCACUCCCACUCCCGCUCCCGCUCCCGCUCCCUCUCCCUCUCCCACUCACCAAACCCCUUCUUCCACCACCGCCUCAAUCCCAAUACCAACCGCAAGAAACAACCGGCAACCCCCACCCACCACCACCAUCUACCCCCCGGCAUCACCCCCCGCAACGCCCGCUUCUACGCCCCAGGCCUCUUCAAGAAAGAAGAAGAACAAGAACAAGACGACAAGAGACACCAAGACCCCUUCUGGCCCACCACCACCCCGCCCAUCCGAAACAGCAGCAGACUCCUCAGUCUAAAAAGCUUCUACACCCGGGAGCAAGACCCCUCCACCACCUCCUCCUCCACCUCCUCAUUCGACUCGUUCGAGGAGAUCAACCUCCUCCGCCACCACGAGAGGCAGAGGGAGAGGGGCCACAAUGUCAAGCCCUUGACGCCGAAGGAGCUCGAGGAGGGGAGAAGAAGAAGGACGACGACGUCGACGACGACCGUCUUCGACCUGAUCAGGCUGCCGGAGAAGGCGUGGCUGAAGAGCGGACGGUGGAGGAGGAGAUGA